CUUCGGCAGCCGCAGCAUAACAAGUUUUCAGUAUAUAAAUCCUCUCACAGAGUUCUUACGUCUUCUGCCGCCGCUUCCGCGAGUGUCGUCUCUCCAUCUUCAGAGUAAAAAUGAAGACCAUUCUUUCAUCCGAGACCAUGGAUAUCCCAGAUGGGGUUAAAAUCAAGGUGAAUGCCAAGAUCAUCGAGGUUGAAGGACCUCGUGGUAAGCUUGUUCGUAACUUCAAGCAUCUUAAUCUUGACUUUCAACUCAUCACUGACGAGGCCACCGGCAAGAAGAAGCUCCGGAUCGAAGCAUGGUUUGGGUCCAGGAAGACAUCCGCCGCUAUUCGUACCGCUCUCAGCCAUGUUGAGAACCUUAUCACAGGUGUUACCAAGGGCUAUCGUUACAAGAUGCGUUUCGUCUAUGCUCACUUUCCCAUCAAUGCUAGCAUCACAAAUAGCAGCAAGUCUAUUGAGAUUCGCAACUUCCUUGGAGAAAAGAAGGUGAGAAAGGUGGAUAUGCUUGAUGGAGUUUCCAUUACCCGAUCUGAGAAAGUCAAAGACGAGUUAGUCUUGGAUGGAAAUGAUAUUGAGCUUGUUUCACGGUCUUGUGCCCUUAUAAACCAGAAAUGUCAUGUGAAGAACAAGGAUAUACGGAAGUUCCUUGAUGGUAUCUAUGUCAGCGAGAAGGGUACCAUUGUUGGAGAAGAAGAGGGAUGAAUAGAAUUGUAGGUUAUAUCUGCUCUUAGUUUCAAGAGUAGUUUAUCUUCUUUGGGAAUUGUGUUUUUCAUUACUAAUUGCGUAAUUUUGUGAUGUUUCAUGGAAGCCCAUUAAAACUCUGUUACAGUUUUGUUUUAUGGAUGUUUUCUAUUUUAGGCACAAAGCUUGCUCAGUUACCCUUCUAC